UGUCUCUGUGGACUUGCUAUGGUCUCUUCCCAUUGAAUCCAACCGUCUGGUGUUUUGGUUGUAUUCUGCUUUUUUUUUUAUAUAUAUAUCUAUAUAUGGAAAAUUGGAAAGUUGGCUAGUUCUGAACUGAGGUACAGGUGACUCGUUGUAUCAAUAAAACCCCAUUUAGCUAAUUUCCCUUUGCACCCAGCCAAGUUUUCUGUGGGUUGUCACAAGGUUGGUUUCUACAGAUCACAUAAGAGUUAAGUUGAAUAUUUUUUAAGCAUCACGGCACUAUUUUGGGUUAACUCUGGAUUAUCAGGAACAAAUAGCUUGUGUACUUUCCAGAAGAAACUGUCAUUAAUGUUACUAGUUUCAUGGAAAUUGCAAAAUAAAUCCAUGGCAUCACAGCUAACUUAAUCCCCUUUUCUCUCUCUUUCAUUUUGGUGCUCCUUUUCUUUAAAUUUCCCACCCUUUUGGUGCCACUGUUGUUCCCUUUGUGUACAGUCAACAAUGAUAUCACCUCUAACUUGAUGCUGUUUGUCCAACGUGACUUGGUGCUGGAUGGCUACUGAGUUUAUUAAUUUGGUUUUGUAUGUUUUUUCUGUGUGAUUAUGUGUGCAUAUCAGAUGACUAGCCUGGCCCAGCUGUUACACUACACUAGCCUGAGUCAGGCAUUGUUUUCCAAGCCACUAUCCCCGAUCGGGCCAACGCAGCCUUCAUGGGGGAAUGUGACCAGGAGAAUAGCCCGCUGAACCUUCCAAGAUGGACACCUUGUCUCUUUUUAUUUAUUUUUCUUUUCUUUUGCUGCAGCUUGUGUGUGAUUGAAUUCUGUCCAGGUUGCUACGGCAUACCGGUGGGAUGUGUAUCACACAUGGGAUACUAGGAGGAUCACUAACACUUUACUCUCUUGUCACCUACUCACGUUGACUUAUGAUUAGACAUGAUAAAAGUGAGACCCAGUCAUAAAAACUUUACAUCAUUUGAUGGCAGAAUUUUUUAAAAUUCUGUUUGCACUUUUCACCUGUGCUGUAAUGUCUUAGGAGUAUUCCCUCACUUUGCUACAUUGCAGCUCUGCUAUGGAUGUUUAGUAUUUAUCAACAACAGACCUCCUCCAUUCAACGUCACUCUCUCUUUUAGCCCUGAAAUUUGGGUACAUGCAUUAAUUCUUUGCGUCGCUAUUUGUUUUGAAGUUCAUUUCCUAGCACUAGAAGAACUUUUUUCAUGCUCAGUGCCUCCAGCUGUAAAGAACUGAAUUUGUAGUUAUUUUGUCUCUUAAUAGGCUUUAUAUAGCCCUCUUCUUCAGAAAUUGAAGCAGCAGAUUUUAAUCCAGAGUGGAAUGAGCAAAAUUCCUAAUUGGUUGUUUUUAUAGCUAAGUCUUGGCUAACAUUUCCUACAGUUCUUAAAAUUGUUGUUCUUUUCUGUAUCUGAUGUCCUGUGUGCUAUUAGUGAUGCAGCCAUUGGGGUUGUCUUGUGUUGCACACCUUUCCAACACUGCGAAACGAUCGCCCCCCCCCCACGGAAAAGCGCCCAUGCUUGAUAUCGUAUGGUUCAUGACCAAUAUGUUUCCAGUACAGGGAAAAUCCCAGAGGAAGCCAAGGCCUUGUCACUUUUGGCACCUACCACCCCAGUACCCAGUCUGAUUCCUGGUGGGGGGCUGCUUCCAAUUCCUGCACCGACCCCACUUCAGAAUCUGAACCUCCCCUUAGUGAAUCGGAUGUCAGCUGGCCUGGACCCAACAGCAUCACUGCACUCCCAGCCCCCCCUCAUGGGAAAUGUGGAUCCCUCAAAAAUCGAUGAAAUCAGAAGGACCGUCUAUGUUGGCAACUUGAACUCACAGACGACCACCGCUGAUCAGCUGUUGGAGUUCUUCAAGCAGGUGGGAGACGUAAAGUUUGUGCGAAUGGCUGGAGACGAGACUCAGCCGACACGUUUCGCCUUCGUAGAGUUUGUCGAGCAGGAGUCCGUCGCCAGAGCCCUGACCUUCAAUGGCGUCAUGUUCGGAGACAGGCCCCUGAAGGUUAAUCAUUCCAACAAUGCCAUAGUAAAACCACCAGAGCUGACGCCACAGGCUGCUGCUAAGGAACUAGAAAGUGUCAUGAAGAGGGUGAGGGAAGCCCAGUCUACCAUUGCUGCUGCUAUCGAGCCUGCGGACACAAAGAAGCGUUCCUCCAGUCGAUCGAGAAGGUCUCGGCGUUCACGCUCGCAGUCUCGUUCUCAAUCACACUCAAGAUCACACAGGAAAAGGUCCCGGUCGAAACACAGAGCGACACAGAGGUCGUGGCCGAGUAGUGACUCUCGCAGUUCCCGAGGUGGCCACAAAAGGCGCUCUCGCUCCAGAGACAGGAGACACAGUCGAAGUCGCUCAAGGGGCCACAGAAGGAGGAGUAGGGAUUGCUCCAGGACUCCUCGGAGGAAAGCCAGAUCCCCCUCACCAAAAAGAGGUAAGAAAGAAAAGAGGAGGGAGCGCAGCAGGGACAGAAGGGACCGCUCCACAUCCAGAAAGAGGAGCCGAAAAGAUGAGGACCGGAUAAAGAGCAAGGCCAAGCCGGUGAAGUCGGAAAGGGACUUUGACCGAGAGGAAAAGGACGACUACGAAAGUGACAGAGAGGACUCGGUCACGCUCAGCGAGGACAUGAUGUCGUCGCCCCGCGGCCAGCACAACGGCAGUUACAAGACUCACAACGAGGAGGACGUGUCUGUGGGCACCAAGUGACUGUUACAACACCGUGGAAACCCACCUUGAUCCAUCAAACGAUCUCAGUGUCCGUCACGUGCGUAUACAUCCACAAACACCCGAUAACCAUUUACAACAGCGCGCCCCCCCCCCCCCCCCCCCCCCUUUUGUUUGUUGUGUACGACCUGAUUUUUAAUGUACGUUCUUAGCAACGCAUCAAUCCUGUAAUUCAACUCAGCAGCCCACCUAAAGGCCAAGUGAGCAGAGCAGAUAAAAGCCCCAAUUUUCCUGUUUAGCUGCAUAGUUUGGGACUUGAUAUAAUGUGAUAUAAUAAACCUGCACUAAAUACUACAGGCUCAAAAGUUGGGCCAACACCUGUACAAUAACUGGACAAUUGAAGCUUACCUAACAAGCUUGUGGAUGUAUUGAACUCAGUUCAUAUUAUCCUUUCUGUAUAGAUACUAAAACUGUAGCCACGUAGACCAGAAGCCCGAAGCGGCUGCAGAGCUCUUGAGACUCCUUGUACUUGUUUCUCCAGCCAUCUGAAGCGAGCUUUCGAUCGUAGCUUUGUCCCAUGGACAUUACCUGAAGAAAAGAAACUUUCUCUCCAUUCGUCCAGUGCCAUCUCCUCCAUAAUGUCUUUUAUGUCUCAAAAAAUACAAGUAUUUAAGUCGUACUGUAGUAUUUAUGCCAUUUCCUUAAAAAAUGUUUUUAUCCAAAUAUUGCAAAUUAAAAACAUGCAGCUGCAGUCUGCAUUAACUGUAAUAAAACGUUUAUGUAGAUUAUGCUUCAUUUAUUUGUGAAAUUGGAACUGCAAAGCUUUCAGUUUGGCGGAAACAUUUUAAGAUUUCCAGCUUUACUGCUGCCUGCGUUUGGUGAGACUCAGUAGGAACUCAGGGUUCCCAGAUGAGUCAACGCUGCACAAAGGGGGGGGGGGGUUGACCCAGAAAAAUAAGCAAAUUGAAAAGCUGGCAUUUAAAACCACCAAAAGAGACUUCAGCUGGUGCCUACUCUGGACUGCAGCACAUUUCAAAUUCCCACGCUUCCUCAAGCACCAUUUAAUACAAAAUUCUGAGCUAAAUUACUCCAGUAAAUCCUCACGUUCAUCUACACCCAGCUGUGUGUGGCUGUUGAUGAUUAAGUACCUUCAGCUUUAGUGUUAAGUGAGCCAAGUAUGAACAGCCGAAGUUGUUUUUAAGUGAUGUUUGGUCUCGACAGGUGUUGAGCGGACACUGAGAUGGUUAGUACUGUGUUUUGCAUCGGUACAUAAAAAACACCCACAGAGCAGAAUCCAAGCAUGUCAGCUUUUGUCUCUUGGUUUAACAUUUGCUGCUCACUAACACACCAAAAUAAAACAAAAGCUAAGGAAAUGCGAAUCAUAGCAGGACACUUACCAGCUUUAACACUUCAAUAAAAUACUUGCGUUAACUAGGAGAAAUGCUAUUGCAGGUCCAGUUGAUGUAAAAUUAAACUUCAGGGCUGUAACUGUUUUUCCUCCGCUGCUGUGGUCUCUGACAGCAACUUCCCAUAUUCUGUUUGCUUUUGUGGCUCAGAGAAAAGCCACGUUACAUGUUUAAUACAUGUUUCUUGGUCAAAGAACGUGUACGAGGGUCCCUCUCAGCGUGUGGAUGAAAGAAAAGCAGAAAAAACCCCAGAAUGUCUGCUGAUGCUGAAAUGCUCAUUUGCCCUUUGUGUGGUGUUAAAGGGUAAAGAUUUGAACUACCAGGUCUGUGAAGUGUCCUUUGUUCCCUGUUUUACACCAUUUUUCUCCACCAUCGGGCAGCUGCAGCGUCCUGCGAAAUGUGCAGUGUUCAUUUUAUGACUUGUGCUGUAAUUAAGAGAAUACAAAAUCAUACUGUAUUAAUUCUGUGAACCUGUUGCUAAUGUGUUUUACCUUAAGAAAAAAGAUGUUUCUCAUUUGGCCAACAUGCCUACAUUCUUUUACUUCCUGUUUUUGGUUUAUGGGUGUAGAUUUACUUGCUUGGUUUUCCUGUUGUCGCUGUGAGAUAAAACUAUUUACUGGGUUGUUUUUUGUUUUUUUUUUUAGAUACAACACAGGCCUGUACUGUAAAAAUAAUCUCAAGUCUGUCAGCUCGUACUGCUCAAGUAAAAGGGAGAUGCAAACAGAGCUCACAGCGUCAACAGACUGCUUGCAAGCACAGAAGGGUCAAAAAGUGCCUAGACUAAGUUUGUACAAAAUAUUCCAAUAAAAUAUGGAGACUUACUGACAGGUGCAACCUAUUGCUAAUCAUGUUUAACAGCUAAAACUAAUGAGAUGUUAUAUUUAAGUUUUGUCAGUUGUCUUAGUAAUUAAAAGCAGAGUAGACUGAAUAUUGAUGGGACUUUUGUGGAUUUGUUUGUAAUUUCUUUCUGUCAUUUUUGGUUUGCAGUAUUGCAAUUGUGUCAAAAAAAUGUUUGUUUGUGUGCAAACCCGAACGUCCCCAGAUUGAGAGUUUGGAAGUUUCUGUGAGAGCUUGUUACCUUUUUAAAAGGAGGCUUAAAGACUUGAUGAAUGUCUUCGCCAAAUUCCACUUUUAUGGCUUUUACAAACCUAAUUUGAUUGUAAUUAUUGUUUUUUUUUUCUUCUUUUCUGUUUUUUUUUUUAUUAUUAUUCUUUAAAAAACAUACACAAGUCCUCAGUCCGAAGUCGUGAUAAAGCUAAGCAAAAAGCAUUUCCAACACAACUGACAGUAUGUGAAGAACUUUAUUUUUUAUAUCCACCGUGUACGCUGUAUACUGUAGAAAACGACUCACGGUUUGCUCCUGGCGGAUUGGGUGCUUCUUGUCUGUAUUUGGGACUUGAUGUAAAGGUUUGGUAACACUGUUUCCUCAAGAGCUUGGAUGUAUGUGUUAUGUGAUUCUCCUCAGUUUGAGUCUAAUGUUGCAUUUGAUCUGUUUUCAAAAACACUCAAUAAACAGUUCAUUCAUUCA